UUAUUGUUAUUAUUAGGCUCGGUACGUUUGAAGGUUGCUCAAGUCGGACCAAAAAAUAAAGGCGUCAUUUAAUCUACGUCCACUGAUUAAAAAAAAAAAAAAAAAAACACUCACAGGCGAAAUACAAACUAAAUGGAAAAGUGACGUAUCCGACUGAACCAAAGGUGUCCCAGUGUUAGGGGUGUCGGGGACCGAGAGUUCGUUCGACCGUCGCCUUGGGAAAUUCCAUGCCUCUUUUUUGGGCUGAAUCAUUUACUUCGCACUUACUGACGGGAACAUUCAACGAUACUAUGGACUCAACUAAUGCCAUGCAAGUUAUUCCGCUGACACACACCCCCGCCGCCGGGCCGUGGUUGGUAUGGACCGGAGCAAAUGUGGAGCGCGUGUCCAGAGCAACAGUGGCGGUCAGCAGACGCGUGCGUGCUCCUCUCCACUCUGUCACGACGCUGAGAGCACCUGCACCAAGAUGACAGCACUGGGGAGCAAAGAGGAGAUCAGCGACACAGACAGUGGAAUCAUCCUGCAGUCUGGUUUGGAGAGUCCAAUUUCUCCACUGAGGGACCUGAGCACCACGACCCGAGCGCUGAAGCUGAAGCAUCAGUCUCUGGAAGAUCGGCUGGAGGUCUGUCUGCUGGAGCUCAGGAAGAUCUGUCUUCAGGAGGCAGAGUUGACCGGCAAACUCCCCUCAGACUUCCCCCUCAUGCUGGAUGAGAAGCCUCCUCAAGUGAGGCGAAGAAUUGGAGCCUCCUUCAAGCUGGAUGAAGGCGUGAUCCAUUUGGGUCAACAGGACUCUGGGACGCAGGGACUGGAGAGGGACUUGGCGGUUCAGCAGCAGAUUCACGAGGCCGUUCGGAAGCUGUGUCAGGAGGAGAACCUGAGUAAAUCUCAGAGGAGGAGCAGGCUGCAGCAGCUGAUGAAGGAGGAGAAGAAGGUCCAGGAGCUGCAGGAGGCCCUGCUGCAGCACCAGAGCCGGCGCCCCGCUCGCUCACUUGGCUCCAGCAAAGACCUGAACGUGUCGGACGACAGUUCCCUGUCUGACGUGGCGGCACUAGACGACGAUGUGGACUUGGGCCGGCCUCCGUCCCCUCCGGCGAUGGAUGGUCGCCACACGGCUGUGCGGGGUUUGGAGUCUGAAGGCUGCCCUGUGCAGAGUUCUCCAUGGAAGGAGUCCAGUUUGGACAUGCCAUACCAGAAGUCUGCUGGCAGCAGUAGGUCAAGUAGCCCCAUCUUGUCAAGGACUCCUGCAGAAACCAGGUUUCCAUUGUCCCAGUUCAUACGAAAUGCAGCUCUGCGUCACAGCCACUCCAUCAGUUCUCCAUCGACUCCUGAGCUUCAUGUGCGCCGACAGCACUCGCACUCAUUCAGACUCUACAAGGGCAGGUCCAAUGACUCAGAGAGCUCGGGACUCACACCUGGAACAGCCCGUCUUCUCCUGCAGCACUGUACCACUGACUCAUCAGGACAUUCCCUGGAUUCUUCCCCGCCUCGGUCCAGUUCCGGGGGCAGCCGCUCUCCACCCUCAUUCUCUUCCCGCAUCAGCUGGGAAAGACCCUCUGAGGUCCCAAAACUUUGCCCUCCGCCUUAUGGCUUUCAUUGUGCAGCGGCCAAGACAAACCUGCCGUGGAACAAACCUGCAGGGUCAGGAAGCCCCCUGAAGUCCAGUGAGGAGGAUGGUCCUCGGCUGAGGCACAACACUGGAAGGUGCUUCUCUCCAUGGCCGCGGGUGAUUCCUCAGAGGAGGGUGAGGGUGGAGGAAGAGGCGCGGCUGUCCGGGGCCCCGCCGCCCUACAGCAGACUGGUCCGCACGCCGUCUCUUCAAGAGUAUCCCAGCCAUGCAGCUCAGCUGGUGGCUCGAGAGAAGGUGACAGAGGAGCUGAAGACCUGGCAUCAAAGGAACCAGCUGCUGAAGUCGGGAGCUGGAGGGCGGCCGCAGCACACUGCAGCCACCUCGGCUCCACGGCAGCUCUUGGCUCAGACUUCUGGAACCGUGGUUCUGCAGAGAUCGGCUGACGGGACUCCACUCCAGUGGUUUGUCGCCGACGAUGGGGAAAUCGUAAGCCAAGUGUAGCGUCCCUUCUCCCAGUCUUCACUUCCUCUGCUCUUGUUUGACUCUGUGGCGGAGAACACGCGCGUCUGUCCCUCAGGUCCCAGUCCUGCAGAGCCCACCUUAUUUAUUGACGUGGUGUGUGGCAUUCCUCUUUAUCGGUUGGGUCGCAUUAUUUAUGUAUUUAAAAAGAAAAACAAUGUUGAAGGAUAUGAUGACUGUGAAAAACAUGUUUCAGAAGUCUGACAGCCUGAAAUCUGACAAAUCACCAUCAAAUAAACUGAUGAUUGGCUUUCACUCUAUGUCAUUUCUCAGUGAAAAACAUGCCGUUGAAACAACUCCAAAAAAGGCAUGUUACAAGCUUUGAAAUUCUUCAAGGCACAACACCACACAGCCGCCGGAGGAACGCCACCUCCAAAUGUCUCCACCUCCGAAUAUCUCGAUCUCCAAAUAUCUUGGUCUCAACCUCAGAAUAUCUCGAUCUCCACCUCCAAAUAUCUCGUUCUCAACCUCCAAAAUAUCUCGACCUCCAAAUGUCUCAGUCUCAACCUCCAAAUAUCUUGAUCUCGACUUCCAAAUAUCUGUCUCAACCUCCAAAAUAUCUCAACCUCCAAAAUAUCUUGAUCUCCAGAUAUCGCGACCUCCAAAUAUCUUUGUCUCAACCUCCAAAUAUCUCAACCUCCAAAAUAUCUCGAUCUUCAGAUAUAUCGACUUCAAGAUAUCUCGCUCUCCAAAUAUCUCGACCUCCAAAUAUCUUUGUCUCAACCUCCUAAUAUCUCGUUCUCAACCUCCAAAAUAUCUCGACCUCCAAAUAUCUCAGUCUCAACCUCCGAAUAUCUCGAUCUCAACUUCCAAAUAUCUCAGUCUAACCUCCAAAUAUCUCAACCUCCAAAAUAUCGCAACCUCCAAAUAUCUCAACCUCCAAAUAUCUUUGUCUCAACCUCCAAAUAUCUCAACCUCCAAAAUAUCUUGAUCUCCAGAUAUCUCGGCUUCCAGAUAUCUUGACCUCCAAAAUAUAUCGAUCUCCAAAAUAUCUCGAGCUCCAAAUAUCUCGGUCUCAACCUCCAAAUGUCUCAACCUCCAAAAUUUCUCGACCUCCAAAUAUCUCAGUCUCAACCUCCGAAUAUCUCAAUCUCGACUUCCAAAUAUCUGUCUAAACCUUCAAAUAUCUCAACCUCCAAAAUAUCUCGAUCUCCAGAUAUCUCAACUUCCAGAUAUCUUGACCUCCAAAUAUCUCAGUCUAACCUCCAAAAUAUCUCGAUCUCCAGAUAUCUCGACCUCCAAAUAUCUGUCUAACCUCCAAAAUAUCUCGAUCUCCAGAUAUCUCAACUUCCAGAUAUCUUGACCUCCAAAUAUCUCAGUCUAACCUCCAAAUAUCUCAACCUCCAAAAUAUCUCGAUCUCCAGAUAUCUUGCUCUCCAAAUAUCUCGACCUCCAAAUAUCUUUGUCUCACCCUCCAAAAUAUCUCGAACUCCAAAUAUCUCGACCUCCAAACAUCUUGGCCUCAACCUCCGAAUAUCUCGUUCUCGACAUCCAAAUAUCUCGGUCUCAACCUCAGAAUAUCUCGAUCUCCGAAUAUCUCAUUCUCAACCUCCAAAAUAUCUCGACUUCCAGAUAUCUCGACCUCCAAAUAUCUCAGUCUAACCUCCAAAAUAUCUCGAUCUUCAGAUAUCUCAACUUCCAGAUAUCUUGACCUCCAAAUAUCUCAGUCUAACCUCCAAAUAUCUCAACCUCCAAAAUAUCUCGACCUCCAAAUAUCUGUCUCAACCUCCAAAUAUCUGAACCUCCAAAAUAUCUCGAACUCCAAAUAUCUCGACCCCCAAACAUCUUGGCCUCAACCUCCGAAUAUCUCGUUCUCGACCUCAGAAUAUCUCGAUCUCCGAAUAUCUCAUUCUCAACCUCCAAAAUAUCUCGACUUCCAGAUAUCUCGAUCUCCAAAUAUCUCGGCCUCAGGUGAGUCGGAGCAGGAAGUCCACGUCGUUCCACAAGUAUUUAUUCAACAGUUACACCAAAAUAGAUAAUAGGUUAAAAAAGUGAGGUGACUGAGUCAAGAGGCUGAAUAUGUUUUAAUAUGUACAAAAAAAAGUUGGAGCCCCUGCAAGGACAAGUACACAAAAUAGACUUUGAACAUAGACGUACAAUCUUCCAACAAAAGACACCUGCAGUGAGGAGUUCUUGGCAGUUUCUUCGGGUUACAAAAAUAACUGUGGUUCUGACGAGGCCGGUGGACCGAAGCAGCUGCUGGUGGAAACGCGUAAACCGACGGUCUGGUCCCAGAGAAGCACCAGGAGAUCAGCGGAGAGGUGGCGCUGGUGGAGGUCCAUCCUUGAAGCGGGUGGACGGCGCGCUGAUGUUUCAUCACAACAGCUUGUGGUUGACGAUCUCCCAAACCAUCCGCCUCCUGAAGUACGGCAUGUGUUUCUGCGGAGGAGAGCAGCUGGGUCAGCAGGACGUUCCACUGCACUCAACAGCUGGAGCCCUGCGACCGGCUUCCUUCCUUUACUGCUCAGUGAGCCGUCACUGCAGCACUGCGUUACCUGUGUGAAGGUGAUUGGUUUGUCUUUGGUGAUGUACUCUGCGUAUUUGCAGGUGAACAUUCCACAGUCGCUCCCGUUCAUCUGCUGAGGGAUCUCCUGAAGGAAGACACGAGUCAAGGGAGCGUCACCUGGGGGUGAGGACUGCUUGGCUGGGAACUCACGCUUCUUUUCUUGCUGUGAAGCUUCCAGCCCGAAGUGUCGAGAGGUUUGCCCUUCUUGUCCUUGCUCUCCUGUUGGAGGUAGUCACUGAGGAGAGACGCACACGGUGGUGAAGGCUGCGCCAGACUCUCCAGCGCACAUAGCACUUACAAGAGAAGUUGACACGCUGCGUCGUUGUUCCCGCCCAUCGAGUCAAAGUACAUGACGGCUUUCUUCCGGAAGUCUACCACCUGAAAAGGAGCGAGAGGGUGUGAGAGUGCAGCAAGGACUGUGCCACGCUCAGGCGUCUCACCACUGACCGAGAGGCACCAGUGCACCCCCAGGUGGACCGGCACCAGCAGGAUGUCUUUGGAGAAGAUAUCCAUCCUUUUGGUCCAGCGCCGCACCGCCGAGUAGCCGCUGCUGCGCAGCUUCGGGUAGAAGAAGGUGUUGAAGGUGUUCACUGACGGCAGGUCGGGGUCCUUGCUGCGCUCCACCAGCAGGUUCAUGUAGAAGUUGAUGACCUGCCACGUGGCACACAGACAGGCUCAGACUCCAGGGGGCAGGUGUAGGUGUGAGUGUGUGUGCGCAUCUGUGUGUGCGUGUCUGUCUGUCUGUGUGUGUGUGUGCGUGUGUAGGUGUGUGUGUGUGUGUGUGUCUGUCUGUGCGUGUGUAGGUGUGUGUGUGUGCGUGUGCGUAGGUGCGUGUGUGUGCGUGUGUAGGUGUGUGUGUGUGUGUGUGUGUGUGUGUGUGUGUGUAGGUGUGUGUGUGUGUGUAGGUGCGUGUGUGUGCGUAGGUGUAGGUGCGUGUGUGUGCGUGUGUGCGUAGGUGUAGGUGUGUGCGUAGGUGUAGGUGUGUGUGUGUGUGUGUGUGUGUGUGCGUAGGUGUAGGUGUGUGCGUAGGUGUGUGCGUAGGUGUGUGUGUGUAGGUGUGUGUGUGUAGGUGUGUGCGUAGGUGU